AUGAGUGAACCCACCAAGGAACAUGUUACUCCGAAACGUAGCUUUCGUCGUACGCAAGGGCCUCAAAAUAGUACAAAACCUAAUAGCGAUAGGAAGGAUUCCAGGAGGAAGCAAAAAAGUAAGAACGUAUCUACCGAAACGCAGCUCAAUAUUUCCAGCGCUGGUGGUUCUGAUGAGGAAAAUGAAUUAUGUGUAAUUUGUGCGCGUAAGUUGGUAUAUGUUUCUUUAACACCAUGCCAUCAUAAAACAUGUCAUAUCUGUGCUUUCAGACAGCGGGCUCUAUACGAAAAGAAAACAUGUUUAAUUUGUAGAACAGAGAAUGAAGAAGUCACGUUCACUGACCAUAUCGACGGAGAAAUUUCAGACAAACAAAGCUUUUCCGAAAAGAAUGAAAAGUAUGGAAUAAAUUUCACUAGCAAAGAGGUUGCCGUUGAAACGCUGAAUCUUUUAAAAUUCUUUUGUCCAUUGUCAAAGGAUGAACAAGUAAGCGAUUUAGGAAGUUUCAAGAAAUACAAUGAACAUUUGAAAUCUGAGCAUAAUAGAAUGAUAUGUUUAAUAUGCGCAAUUCAUAAACAUGCAUUUCCUAGUGAGCUUGAAGUGUUCACGCAAAAUCAAUUGCGUAAUCACCAAACCAGAGGUAACUCAGAAGGUUUCAAAGGUCACCCUAUGUGUGGCUUUUGUUCUGGAAAACGAUUUUAUUCAGAUGACGAACUAUACAUCCACAUGAGAAAUCAGCAUGAAAAGUGCCACAUCUGCGAUAAAAUCAAUGCCACUUCUCCUCAGUACUUCAAGGAUUACAAUCAACUUUUUGAUCAUUUUAGACAAUCACAUUACGUUUGCACUGUUCAGACUUGCCUAGAUAAUAAGUUCGUCGUAUUCAAAGAUGAGUUGGAGUUACAAGCCCAUAUUUUGCAAGAACAUGGUAGUAUAUUGAAGGGCAAACCAAAGUUUUUCCAGUCAGAACUUUCCACUUUUAUUUCAGCACCAUCUAGAGUAAUCAGAGAGAGAGAUGAUUACGACCUUUUAUCUAUGUCAUCCUUACCUGGUUCGCCAUCCGAUUCUAGAUCUGAUGUGAGGUCCACCAGUUCUCCUGAAGAGAGCAGAUUAAGGUUGGCGGAAAGAGCAAAAUACUAUUUAGAGAAUUGUAAAGAGGAUUUUGAUAAGUUUACCUCCUAUAAUGAGAAUUAUGCCAAAGGCCACUUAAGUGCCGAAAAAUUGUUAGAGUCCUAUAAGUUGCUGUUUACAAGACCAAAUGCAGAUAUUUAUUUAUUGAUGCAUAACUUGGCUGAAACGUUUCCCAAAAACUCCGCCAAAUACAAUAAUCUGAAUGCCAUAUAUGAACAAAGGGAGCAAACCCUUGCGCGACAGACUUCAUUACCAUCCUUAUCUAGUGAUUCUUCUCUGUCAAUGUCAAUAGCCAGGGGCCAUUGGGGUGGAACAAAUGAUGGAGGCAGCGGAGGCGCAGCAUUAGGUGUUAGAAAUAUCAAGAAUCUUCCUACUCUGAAAAGUCCUGCAGCAUCAUAUGAUCCCUUUGCAACCACUAUAAAAAAACAAACUCUGAAAAACGUAAAAAACAAUACAAGGACAGCAUCUCAACCAGUUAGUUACAGAAGUUCCACUAAUGCAGUAGCCUUUUCUCCAGCUUAUUUGGAAAGUAAAAAAAAUUCAUCUUCUGCUACUUCAUUAAAUAGUAGCAAGGAUAAAUUGAAGAGUCUAAACUUACCUAAAUUACCUCCACCAAAGCCAAAGGUACAAAUUCCAGGUUUGAAUAGACCCCAGAUUGCAGAUCCGAAACAAUGGGGUAAAAAGUCAAACAUAGAACAUGUUAAUGUACAGGAUGAUUUGAGAGACUUGAACAUAAAUACUGGAGGAAAAAGAAAGAAAAGCAAGCAAAAGCAGCUUCUCUUCCACAUUGGUGUAUAA